CGCAUUUCUGUUUGUGUGCAGUCCGUUCGCUACGAUGAAGUCAACCUAAGGUGCGAGGGGAAUGACUAAGGCGAGAAGCUCCGGGCAAGCCCGGACAGUAUCUUCUCGGGGGCAGCCAGCGUGCUCAGGAGGGGUUGUGCAACAGAGACAACCACGACAGUCUGACGUCUUUCCAGUUGCAGCGGGAGAGGAUGAUACUCCCCACUGCGGAGAAGGAGACGAUGUGGAAGUUUCCGAAGACGAAGGGGAGUACGGUGAAGAAGGUGAAGGAGAGGAAGAGGCAGGAAAUGAAGAGGAAGAAGAAGAGGAAGACGGAGAGGCAGGAGAAGAAGGAGCAGAAGACGAAGGACAAGCUGACGAAGAAGAAGAAGGAGAGGACGAGGAAGGAGGAGAAGAAGAACCAAUGGAGGAGGAGGGUUGUUGGAAGAGAGAGUUCCUCGAGUCGCGGCCUGUUCGCGUUGACUUCAAGUUGUUCUUCUGGGCCGUGUACAUCACAACUGGUCUUGCCUAUCUUCACGUGAAGACCAGCGACAGCGAGCAAGAAGCAGCAACUCAGACUCCGACGACCACGACGACCACGAAGACCGCGAAGGGUGCGAAGACGCAGUGCCGCAAAGAUGUGAUUUCUCCUCAAACCAUUGUGGAGUCUUCUGGUGGUUUGGAAAGGGGAUCGGGCACAAAGAAGGCCCCAAAGUGGAAAAAGAUGGCGUCGGGUCCGGGUAAGGGGAAGGCGGGCGAAGAGGGACUCCAGGUUCCCCAAGGUUUUGUGCCGACCGAGCGUGCGAAAGAUUUGACAAAGACUUGGGAGGAGCUGAAGAGUUUGAAGGAGAAGAAACUCUCGCACGAGUUCUUCUAUCUUCCAAUGAGCUGUUUGAAGAGGCCGCCCCUCGUAAAUGGGAAAAGACCGCUAGAGGUGCGAGAGCUAGACGAGGAUCAUGUGCAGUCCAUAAUGGACUCCAUGCUGAAACAUCCAACUGGGGAUCAUCUUCCCUUCGUCGGCCUCAUGGACCCUGGACAAGCCAGUCGGAAAGAAGAGGUGGAUCUGGCGACGCUGAGAAAUGACCACUACGACAUUUUUGUCCUUGGUGGCAACCACAGUCGGGAGGCUAGGGAACGGUUGUCUUGCAUGAACCCCGACAACGACGACUACAAGUGCAAUGUCUGCUACGUUUACGUUGGCCUCACGGUCGACGAGGCGAGGCAGGUUGCCCACAUGCACAACCUCGUCGCCGGCUACCACCGGGACUACAGCUUCAUCGAGAAGCUAAGGUGCCAGAAACUAAAGACGGCAGUGAAGAGCAUCCUCAAAUCGGAUCAGGAUUUGGAAUCGAGCGAGUCGGAGGGCGGAAAGAAAAGCCAGCGUGGGAAGAGGCUUGAAAGGGCAGCUGCGAAGGAGCAAGAGAUAGCGCUUUUGCACCCUCGGGUGCAAAUGCAGGGUAACAAAGUCCCCAUGGUCGCCGACGACUUGCCCUCGCAACAUUGGAUAGCCAUGGGAAGUAUGGCUCCAGAGCACGCCGUCCCUAUCCUCCUUGAGGUCAUUGCGAAGCAGAUCUCACUCAAGGAGAUGGAGAAGAAGUUCCAGCUUGUCAAACAAGUCGCGUACGUCCGCAUGGCCUUCGCAGUGGGGGUGGGUUGUGCUGACUUCAAGGAGGCCGAGAAACAGUAUCCUCUCCACACGAAGAAAGACAUGUUGGAGAAGUUCGCCGGUGGCGUCAGGAGGGGUCAGAAGAGUAUCCCCGCACUAGAUGGCCAUAUUAAAAGGGCUUUGGACUGGAAGAGUAAGGAGAGGAGACUGCAGGCAAAGGAGGCUCUUCACGCGUUCCGUUCGGCACCUCUCACGGAGCCCUUCGUCGACUGGACGGAGGUGAAACAUGAGAACGACGCGGCGGAAGUAAAGAUUAUCAACGGCGACAUGCGGCUGCUGUCAAAGCUGCAGACGGAGAAGCUGCCAAUUUCUCUGACGAUUUUUAACUUCCCUUACGGCUUCGCCCACGAGGGACAUGCGUCUGAUCAUGAGCCGUUUUCGAAGUCGGACGUUCUGGAGGUUCUUCAGAAUCUGAAGGAUGUGUCUAGUGCCCCCUUUUGGACAGUUGCGGGAUUCUGUUCAGUGGACAUGCUUCCUUCCAUUCGCUCCGCGUUUAGAGAAGUAUGCAAUGCAGGGCAGGAGCUUUUGACGUGGUGCAAGCCCAAUGUGACGAAUCCCGGUGGGCCUCGGCUUGUGAGUGCGACGGAAUACUGUGUGUUGGCCUACUACAGCCAGACUGGACAGCGCGAGAUGGCGCAUUACAACUUCGAUCCUACGGAUCCGCGUCACAACUUCCAGCUCUUUAAUGAUGUGACGCAGAAGUACCAGCACCCUGGCGGCGGUGUCCUCUGCCCGUACCAGAAGCCGUACAGUUUAUACUCCUGGCUUGUGAACAAAUUUUCUCCUGCAGGGGCCUGCAUUCUAGACGGUUUCUCCGGCUCCGGCACUGGCGCCAUUGCGUGCGUCAAGGCCAAUUGGAAUUGCCUCGUGGUGGAGAUAAACACAAAGUGCACGAAAGGCAUUGCGACGAGGCUUCUGACAGACAUCGACGGCACACUCGCUCGUGAAACGCCGAAGAGUAAACAGAAGGCAUCGCAGGGCAGCCCGACCUCGAAGCUGUCUGGGGACGCGGAAUCUGCCGGUAUUGAGCUCGUGGCCGACGGGAACACGGGCACCGCUGCAGGAGUGGCGCCGCUCGUCGGGCAGGGCGCACCGGUAAUUGCCGGGCCGUCUUGUGUGCAGAAGACUGUUUCUGGGCCAUUUUCUGAACCUGCUUCCGGGCCAUCUGCUGAGCCUGCUGAACAUGCUGCCGGGCAGGCUGGUGAGCGGCCAGAUGUUGCCAACGAGCCUGCUCCCGUGCCUGUUCCUAAGGCUGUUCCCGGUGCUGGACCUGAGGCUGAGACGCAACCUGUGGUUACGACUACUCCCGCUUCUACAGACUUUCAGCAGACUAUCCUGAGCCUCGCCUUGAGCCAGGAUUCGGACAGAACAACGGUUGGCGGCAGGAGGGGGCGCAAACGAAAGGGCGGUGGCGAAGAGGUAUCGAGUCCACCGGGGGGGGUAACGAAGGCCAACACUCGCUCACGAACUGCGAAGUGAGUGCGGUUGCAGCCCUGUGCCCACCUUGGCUGAGGGGACAGCGUUUCAUUUACAUAUA